UGGGCUGGAGAGGGCAGAGGAGGACUUUCAGCUCGGACGGGACGUUCGUCGGUGUGUAGUCGGGCAAGGCUUAGAUUAACUAGUGAUUUAUCAAGCGUACUCACGUUAAAAUGUGCCUUAGAAAAGUAGGGCAAACAUAACACACUCGGAGCACGACCGGCGACCUCUUGGUUGUCGUUUCUGUGAGAAGGACAGACUCGGGGAAGUGGACAGCUAGUUCAGCUCGGUGACGGAAGCCAUCAGGGACGUCCAGCGCCGCGACCGAAAGCCCGACUUGCCAUGGCUUCCCUCGGUAACUCGGGGGCCACCUCCAGCCCAAUGGUAAUACUGGCUCCCAAGACCAAAACCAAGAAGAAACAUUUUGUGCAGCAGAAGGUGAAAGUGUUUCGUGCCAGCGACCCUGUCCAGAGUGUGUUUAUGUGGGGCGUGAAUCACUCGAUCAAUGAUCUCAACCAGGUGCCUGUCCCUGUCAUGCUGCUGCCUGACGACUUCAAAGCCAACACCAAGAUCAAAGUCAACAACCACCUUUUCAACAAAGAAAAUCUUCCAGGACAUUUUAAGUUCAAAGAAUACUGUCCUCAGGUCUUCAGAAAUCUAAGGGAGCGGUUUGGUAUUGAGGAUCUGGACUACCAGGUGUCGCUGACCCGCAGCCCCCCGGUGAGGAGCUCAGAAGCCCAGGGGGAAGGUCUGCUCCUCAACUCGUAUGACCGCACGCUGGUCAUCAAGCAGAUCUCCAGCGAGGAUGUGGCAGACAUGCACAGCAUCCUGUCUGAGUAUCACCAGCACAUAGUGAAGUGUCACGGCAGCACCCUGCUGCCACAGUUCCUCGGGAUGUACCGGGUGAGUGUGGAGAGCGAGGAGACCUACCUGAUCGUCAUGAGGAACAUGUUCAGCCACAGACUGGUGGUGCACAGGAAGUACGACCUGAAGGGCUCUCUGGUGUCCCGUGAAGCAAGUGACAAAGAAAGGGGGAAAGAGCUUCCUACCUUCAAGGACAUGGACUUCAGGAACAACAUGCAGAAGGUGUAUGUGAGCGAGGAGCAGAAGGAGAAAUUCAUGGAGAAGCUCAACAAAGAUGUGGAGUUCCUGGUGAAGCUGAAGAUCAUGGACUACAGCCUGCUGCUUGGUAUCCACGACGUGGGCCGAGCUGAACGGGAGGAGGAGGAGCAGGGCGACGAGCCUCCCAAUGAGGAAGACGCAGAGGCAGAGAACGGCCUGGCACCGGCUGCUACAGUGGGCUCCUAUGGCACGUCUCCCGAGGGCAUCGCUGGUUACAUGUCCUCCUGCAAACCCCUGGGUCCCGGAGAGUUCGACCCCUAUGUGGACGUGUAUGCAGUUGCAAGCAUCCCAGGAGCCCCUCAGAGGGAGGUCUACUUCAUGGGCCUGAUUGACGUACUCACUCAGUAUGACACAAAGAAGAAAGCCGCUCAUGCAGCAAAAACUGUCAAACACGGGGCUGGUGCUGAAAUCUCCACAGUCCAUCCCGAGCAGUAUGCCAAACGAUUUCGUGAUUUCAUCUCAAAUAUUUUUGCGUAACACUAAGUUAAGACCCCUUCUAUGAGUCGGUACAUCAUCCAACUGAAAUUUCAAGAGGCUUUCUUCCUUUUCUGCUCUUGUUCUAUGAAAGUUAACUGACCACAAAACGUAUGCACAUGCAGAUCUUUAUUCUGAAACGACUACUUCCAUCGUUGCAAUACUAUGAACUACUACUGAUGCAUAUAUUUAUUUUUAAGACUUAAGAUGUAUUUCUUGUAGAUAGUAAGCACUCUAACUGACUAACUUUGGAACAAAAGGGUACUUGGAAAGAGAUGGUUGCUGAUCCAUGUUGUGUCUGUGAUCAGCGUUAGGUCAAAUAUAAUUAGUUUUUGGCUUCUUUUAGUCACUACUCUCUUGUUCCACAUGUAUGAACUAAACUACAUCCCAGAAUAAUCUUUAAACAAGAUGGGCACUGCAAAAUCCUGUUAGUCUAAGCAAUAGCCUUGAGAAAUAAGCUCAUUUAUAUAUGUGAAACGGGCCAUUUGAGUGUUUAGAGUGCCAAAUGUGUGGGAUCAAAGCUUUACUUUAGUGCAGUUUGCACUUUUGAAUACAAUUAAAUUGUAUUGUUGUGACAGACCAAUUCAGUUAAACAGCAAUUAAGUGUUUGAGCAGAGUGUUUCCACCAAGGUAUUGUAAGUAAAGUUACGGUCAGAUGAAAUGGUGUGGAAUUUAAAUGAAGGUCAAAAAUCUGAGUAUCAAAUCUGGGCCUGUGAACAUUGUAGCCAGCGCUGUAUAUGUGAGCUGCCACCACCUAAAAAAGGAAAGUGUGGUGGCCGGCCCGAGAGCAUUCCAUUGACCCAAGUGGGACCAGAGAGCUCAGCCUGCAUUAAUGAAGUGACAGGACAGUGAUCCUCAUUUUAUCAGUUGUGUUUUUUUGAUGAAGUAAGUGAUGUGUUAUUGGGGGAAUUUUAUUUGUAAGCUCCCAUCAAAGCACCUCCUGAAUAUGGGCCCAGCCGUUGUUAUUCAGGACUGACUCCUCUUGAACAUUUGGAAUGCUUGUAGUGUUUUGUGCAUCAGGGUGACUAACGUGUGCUAUAUGAAUCAUUGUUAUGGAUUAAGAUAUUGAAAAAAAUAUAGCAAUAGAAGUAGAGCAUAGAUCAGCUGUCCAUUGUUUAUUGUAAUGCCAUUUGAGAAAACUCUAUAGUGAUAACCUGGUUGUUAUAAAUUUUAGAAAAUAACACUACAUUUCAGUAGCUUUAUACAGUUAGCCUUAACAAAAAACGAUGGGUUAUGAUAGAUCUUUCCAAUACACUGGAUCGGGCAGAAUAGCUGUACUCUGUAUGAUGCCUCAUGAACUUUAUGAUUGCACAUCUUGUAUUUUUGCAAAUCAGCUUUUGGACCAAAAUAUAUUUUACAAAGAUUUUCUGAGA